AUCGAUUGCCUCAAGGAUUUGGUGGAUUUUUGCCAAUCUAAUUCAUUUAUUUCGGAAGCAACGUCAUAUUCCGCCGAAUUAUCCCGUUUACCUAAUAUUAGUGCGUCAGAUAGUCAGGCUGAAGAAGAUCAAGACUCAUCUGGAGAGGAUUCGGCUUUGGAUAAUGAAGCAGAGGCCCUGUCUUCAGAUUCUGGUACGCUCUUCGGAUCAUUCUCUGUUUUCAACUUUAAGCUCAAAGCAUUUCUCGGUAAAGCUGAACUGGGAGAAGAAUUCCAGCAUUAUACUAGUGGGAAGAGGCAGGGGAAAGCUCUUUGUCUUAAGACGAACAUGAAAGGAGAGACACCCUUACAUUUGGCGGCAAUCACUGGUAAUUUAGAACACGUUAAGAAGCUUAUAGAGGUUUUGUUGCACUGUAUUUAG